AUGGACGGAUCACUUAUCUAUUUGGGAAUGGAUAAUGCAAAAGUAAUCAUCAAUAUAUUAAAGGCCGUGCACUUCCGUGAUCUUGCUACAAUAUUUGCCACAAAUAAUGGUAUUAAAGUGACUGUAGAGGACUCAAAAUGUAUUCAAGGAAAUGCUUUUCUUCAUUCAGCGCUUUUCCGUGAGUAUUCUGUAAAGAAGGAUAUAGUAUCAUUUAGAACAAAUCUUGGUGUACUUGUUGACUGCCUUUCUAUUUUUGGGACUUCAGCUCAAGGAUCACCAGUUUCACUCAUUUUAUCUUACAAAACUCACGGGAGUGCUUUGAACAUUAUACUAGAAGAAAAUGGGGUCGUAGCAGAAUGCAACAUUAAAACCAUGGAGGCGUUUGAAAUAUUGGACUUUGAUUUCUCAAGCAGUAAUAUUUUGGAUAAAUUCAUAAUGAAGUCAGAAUGCAUGCGUGAAGCGUUCAAUGAACUUGAUAACUCAAGCGAAAUCUUGGAAGUUGCUGUGAUACCGCCACCAGCUAUUCAAUCUCGCCUCCGUUUGACAACGUAUGGCUUUUCUGGGACUAUGCAUUUUGACUUACCUAGGUCAUCUGAUCAAGUAGAGGUUUUUGAAUCUGCAGCUGCAAGUCCUCGAAUAGCGCGAUUCCGUCUUUCACUUUUACGACUUGCGACAAGUCGAGCAUUGUCAAUGGCUAGUCGUAUCUCACUGCGUAUCAAUGAUCGGGGAUUUCUAUCGAUCCAGUACAUGAUAAAUAUUUCAGAUGGAGAAGUUGCUUUCGUUGAGUUUUUUUGUGUCCCAGAUGUGGAUGAAACCGAUCAAUCGGAAUCACAGACAAGCUCGAACAGUCCACAUAAAUCUAGUAGGAUAUCUCAUUUAACUUCAACAUCAAAGUGCACAACCAACGUAUUAGAUCCUGACUGGAGUGAUUAG